ACUUUGGCAGUGUUUCCGAUUCAGACGGAGGAAGUGAUGGUCUCUUCAAGUGAUGAUGUGGUUCAGGAACCGUCGUGGGACGACUUAUUAAUCGUUUUGAAGCCAGUGGGACGGUGAAUGAUGCGCCAAGGAGUGGAAUUGUGGAAUGUGCUGAAGAAAGCGUUCACAACGGCCCAAACACUUCCAUUCGGAAACGAGCUGCUCAAUUGAGAACAUCUAGAACAACCUUGCACAGGGCUCUUCGCUAUUUCAAGAUGUUCCCGUACAAGGUACAGCAAACUCAUCCACUCCAAAAGAUAUUGACAACCAAACACAGACAUUAACUUUUGGCCUCGAUGGAGGAGGUGGAGAGGCUGCUCGAGGAGGAAGUUUUAAUGCCAAUCUACUUUGGGUUCCUUGGGUCGGUCAUGCCAGAAGACCGAUUCGACCUGAGGUGCAUCAUGGAGGAUGACCUGAUCAGGCUCUUCAACUACCAAGGGAAAAAAGGGAAACACAGCUUCUCGGAUCUGCACCUCGAUUUCCUGAUGUCGAGCCUGUGGUUCGCAUACGGCAAUAGGGGAGAGGACUACCAUCAGCACAUGUGGCUGGAAUUCGACAGAGUGAAAUUGCGAGAGCGCUCCUCCCGUUAUAACGUUAAACUCUUUUUAGCUGUGAUUUUUUUUUAUUCAGAGAAUUAUAAACAACUUCCUGAGCUUUUACUGCAUAAGAUCGCAAAGGUAUCGAUUCACAUGGAAGCCCACCAUCUCACCAAUACGCUGAAUAACACUCACUUGGAGCCCACAGACGAAUCUCGCGGAUCCCUCGAGGAUAUUCCUGUCGGUGGUGGUGCGCGUGAAGAAGCCCAAUUCGACGAGAGUUGAAAUCUGCGCUAGAAGAUCACACGUUAGGCAGACUUUCUGCUCGAUGAUGGCAUGAAAGAUGGCCAGGAGACGAUCCACGGAGAAUGUUGCUGGACCCUGAAGGAGCAUUGUCUUCUCCGCAACUUUCGCCUUUGCAUUAACGCUCUUGAGGCGCUUCCGUUGCUUCCCGUGAUUCUUCAGGAACAACCGCUUAUCUUCCUUUGCUGGGUUAUGACUCGCCAGGUAGCCGGCAAUCAGGAGAUACUUUGCAUAGAAAGGAAGCUCCACAAUCUGUAUAAAGUCCUUCAUCUCUCGAUUCUACAACAAAACCCACAAAAUUCCUUUGAUAAUCUCAUCACAUCCUACAAAAUCCCUCAAUCCUGCACCUACCUGGGAAUUCUCAAUGGAACUAGCAUUGAGUCUCGUGUAGAGAGUCUCCAGGGCUGCUUUGAGGGUUCCUGAAACAUUCCUCCAAAGCAUAUUUGCACUGCUACUCAUGGAGGGAUCACUGAACACAGGCUCACAGUAUUUUUCGAAGCACUCAUUAGCCACCAUUCGCAGCUGAAUGAGAUUUCUGCACACACGGUAGAACAUGUGCAGGAAGGUACUCAAGUAGUUUCGGAAGAAAUCCAAAUUAAACGAAGAAAUAAUUUCCAAGCGCUUCUGCAGCUCUUCCUCUGGGAUUUGGGAAUCUGCUGAGAUUUUCUCCUUCAGAGCUUGCCCCAUUCGGUUGGAAUCCUUCAGGAGGAUCAUCUCAAUUUGCUCCUUUGUGUACUGCGGCACUUUGAUGUGAUGCACACUGGGAAGGCCAGUUUUGGGAUAGAAUUUCUCAAAUGGAAUCUGCCCAAUGAGGAUGCAGCACACAUUCAUCCCAGACAGUUCCCUGAGGCGAAGGAAUGUGGGAAGAAUGUUUGCAUCCAUAUCGCGAAGCUUCUCAGCAUUCUUCAGGACAAUAACCACGGUGUCUUGGGCAAAUCCUUUCCGUAGUUCCGCCAGGAAACUCUUCAUGGUAUCGCAUUUAGCCAGAGGAGCAAAGGAGUUCUCAUACGUUGGCUCAUGGUAGCUCAGGGAAUCAAUGAUGUCUUCAAAGAGAACCUUUGAUGAGUAGCAUUCAAGGCAAUCAACAACCGCAUAGCGCAGGUGCUUCAGGUAACGCAGGAGGGCAGAUGUAAUGACGGUUUUCCCACAACAAGGAGGCCCAGAGAUGUAAAUCGCCUCAGGGAGAAUUUCAUCGCUGUAUCCAAUGAAUUGAUGCAGAGAAUCCACCAGAUCCUCUCUACAGGGAUACUGACUGGCAAUCCGCAGCAAGAGACGUCUGUAUUGCAUGAGUGAGUUCGGGAAAUUUCACACAAAAAGCACGAGAAACAGUGAAAAUCUUAAUUUUCUUGGGAAUAUUAUUGAGGUUAUGAUUUUUCCCGCUUAUUUCGUGCACUUGAAAAUAUACGGCGAAUUCUCGCGAUAGUAGAGAAUCUGGUGGUAAACACGCGAAACUUCACAAAAGUAGGGUUAUGUUGACAAAACAAAUCAUUCCCGGAACAUUCUCAUUCAGAUAAAAAGGAUAAAAACCAGGAAAAUCUUCCAGGAAAAUGUCCACAAAUGUGCAAAUCCGCUUAGCGAGAGAUCGCGUGGACAAUGAAUUGAUGUCCAGUGAUAAAACACCGCGUCUGUACACACCAGGAGAAGUGAUAACAGCACAGCAUGGAUACAUGAGGGGUCAUGGUACGUACAUGGAGGGAGAUGACAUUAAAGCAUCAGUGGCAGGUGUGAUGGAGAAGGUUAAUAAAUUGAUUUGCAUAAAGCCCCUCAAGAGCCGGUAUGUUGGAGAGAUUGGGGAUGUUGUUGUGGCCAGAGUGACGGAAGUGCAGCAGAAACGAUGGAAGGUUGACACGAAUGCCCGGCUGGAUUCGGUGCUUCUCCUGUCAUCAGUUAAUCUCCCAGGAGGUGAACUAAGACGUCGUGGAGUGGAAGAUGAGCAAAUGAUGAGAAAGUAUCUCAAGGAGGGGGAUCUCAUCUCAGCCGAAGUACAGAAUAUCUUUCAGGAUGGCAGCCUCUCGCUGCAUACGCGGAGUCUCAAAUACGGGAAACUCUCUCAGGGAGUUUUAGUGAAAGUCUUCCCAUCGCUGGUGAAACGCUGCAAGACUCACUUCCACAAUCUCCCGUGCGGUGCAACUGUCAUCCUCGGGAAUAAUGGCUUCAUCUGGAUCACCCCCACAGCAUCGACAGAGGCCGAAGAUGAUGGGGGAUUCAAUCAGAAUCUCCAGGAGUCCGUGUCAAGGAGCGACAGGGAAGUCAUUGCACGUCUCCGGAAUACAAUUGGGGCUCUGGCAGCGUGCAAGCUCAUGCUGUACGACACCAGCAUCCAGUAUGCCUACGAAGCCUCCCUCAAGUACGAAGUGCACGAACUCCUGAGUCAAGAGGCCAUGUUCGAUGUGGCCUUCCUCACGCAGCAUCGCCUCAAACUCCACGAAGACUGACCCCAUUCAUGGUCAAUUCACCGCAUCGCCGGGCAAUCGUGCGCACUGACACACACAAAGCAUCAGCGCAACGUACAAAACACAAUAAACUGUUCUUAUCGUCUUUCUUUAACGCCUUUACAACCGCUUUAAGA